AACUGUAAAAGAACACCCCGGCUAUUUUUGACUAAAAUUCGUCGAGUUGUAAUUUAAUCUCAUAGAUUUUUACUAUUUCUGCUGAAUAAUAAAAAUUCAACUCGUAUUAGAAAAUCAAGUUAUAAAUAAUUCUGUAAUAUCAGAAAAGAUAUAAUUUCAUUCAGUAGAAAGAAUCCUUAAUAAAAUGGAGGAUUUGCAAAAAAAAUUACAAACUGAAGUAGAGGUUUAUAAACAAAUUCAACGAGAUUAUCACAAAGCACUCAUAAAUCGUCAACAACUUGAUGGCCAACUGAAUGAAACAACAGCUGUAAAAGAUGAAUUAUACUUAUUGAAAUCCAGCAAUGAAGUAUUUAAACUGAUUGGUCCAGUAUUAAUAAAACAAGAUUUGGAUGAAGCUAAACAAAAUGUUAAUAAACGUAUUGAAUUUAUUACCAAUGAAUUAAAACGAGUAGACACAUUGAUCAAUGAUUUAGACACCAAACAAGAACGUCAACGUGAAAGUCUUGAUAAAUUACAACAGAUGUUUCAAAUCGGUCAGCAAAAAGCUGCUGUAAAAGCUUAGAGAAAGAUCGAGAAAUUCCAUCUAUUUUUUCUAAAUUAAACGUAAAAUAGUUGGUCUAUGAAAAAGCUUUUUCAUUAUAACUAUGUUUUCAUUAUUUUAAUUUAAAUUUAAAUAAACAUUUUACAAACGAAAAAUGAAA